AUGCUGCUGGCCAAGCUCACCGAAAGUGCCAAGUGGUCCCGCGCCGCGCCGACCGACGCCGUCCAGGUCAUCGAUCUAGUUGCGCACCAGUUCGUCCCGUUCACUCGGGCGUGCCCUGUCCCGGACAGGGUUCGAGGCAGCGCGCGCCGCUUCGAUCCGCUGACGGAGGACGAGCUGACGCAGCUGCAGCGACAAGCCACUGCCCCCGCAUCGCUGCUGGGCGGGGUGGCUCCCGCGGCGGCUGGCCCGCAGGCGCAUUGGAUCGUCGCGGACCCAGGUUCGGACAGCUUCGGCCAGGCGGUCGCGGUGAACCCCAUGACGUUCGCGCAGAAAGUUCCAUUAGUCUGGCGCUGA